UUCUUAUUAAAUCAAUGGUUGAAAAUCCUUAGAAAACAAAAUCUGUUAAUAAGAUCAUUGUGAAGCUGAAAUAAGUAUUGAUGAUGGCAGAGGCAAAAUGAAAUAAAAACAGGGAUGACGAAAAUACAGACUAAAAGUAGUUGGAAGUGGGUGAUAUUGUGGUCGUUAUGGGCGGCGCGACUGGUACGACAGCCGACGCUGCCGGUGCUCGUAAGCAAUGGACUCAUCCGUGGCUCUAUCGCCAACGACGGCUCUCACAAAGAGUACCUUGGUAUACCUUAUGCCACUUUUGAACACAGGUUUCAGGCGCCAGGUCCGGAACCGAAGUGGAAUGAAACAUUCGAAGCUGUAAACGAAAACAUAAGAUGUCACCAGAAAAUUGUUAGCACGAUUGUCAUUGGCCAGGUUGAUUGCCAAGUGCUGAACGUAUACACCCCUCUGAACACUUCUCCCGACGAUAAAUUGCCAGUCAUGUUUUUCAUCCACGGAGGAGGAUACUACCAAGGUUCCGGCUCGAAGUUUUUGUACGGGCCCGAAUUCUUAGCAUCAAAAGGUGUUAUCCUAGUGACAAUAAACUACAGGCUCAACAUACAAGGCUUCUUGUGUCUAGGGAUUAAAGAAGCCCCAGGAAAUGCGGCUAUGAAAGAUCAAGUGGCUGCACUCAAAUGGGUCCAAAGAAACAUAAAAGCUUUCGGUGGAGACCCAGAAAACGUUACUAUAUUUGGCGAAAGUGCUGGGGGAGCAUCUGUUUCUUUUCAUGUUAUUUCCCCUAUGUCUAAAGGAUUAUUCAGUAAGGCCAUAAUACAGAGUGGAUCUUCCUUAUCUCCUUGGGGUCUGCAAUAUCGACCUGUGUACAUGGCAAGUUUGCUCGCAAGAGCAUUGGGUCAUCAUAAAGUUAGCGAACCUUAUGACAUUUAUAAUACUUUCAUGAACAAAUCAGAAGCAGAGCUUGUUAUAGCUAGAGUGCCAAGAAAAGAAGGAAAUUUAAUACUCUCAGAGGUAUUAUACGUGCCUUGUGUGGAGCGGAAAAUAGAUGGCGUUGAACCAUUUUUAACUGCAUUACCUUAUGAUAUAUUAGGACAAGGAGAUUUUAACAAAAUCCCUUUGAUGAUUGGUGUGAAUGGUGAAGAAGGAUACCUUUUUGCUGCUCUUGAAAAUGAUACAGUUAUACCAAAGAUAAGCUUCGAGAAAUCGCUACCGAAAGAUUUGAUCAUACCUUCCACGGAAGAAGCAAAAGCAAUUGCAGAGAAGUUGAAUAACAUCUACAUGGGUGAAGAUGAGAUUUCACAAGAGUCACUACUAAAAUUAUCGAAAUAUCAUGGGGACGUUUAUUUUAAUAAUCCGUCAUUUAUAGAGACUGAAUUAAUCUUACGAAAUACGGAUAAACCUGUAUAUAAUUACUUGUUUAACUACGACGGUUGGAGGAAUAUACCAAAAUUUACUUUAGGAAAACCGUUUGCAUUUGCCCCUGGAGCCACGCAUGCCGAUGAACUGUUCUACUUGUUUAGUCUUUGUUUGAUACCACCGAAACUCUUCGAAGACCAAAUGAUUGAAAGAAUAACUACUUUGUGGACAAAUUUUGCUAAGUAUGGGAAUCCAACUCCAGGAAAGUCAAGUGAAUUACUGCCAAUCAAAUGGACACCCACACAGCAGCCGAAUCCUCAUAUGUUGGUCCUCGACACAGAUAUUUCCCUACGACCUUUAUGGCACACAGAUUCUGUCAAAUACCUGAGGGAACUUUACACUAAGUAUCGUCGAACACAGCAUAGGGACUUUAGAGAUUAGAAUUUGAGUUAGUAGUUAUUAUGAACAGAUGUCUCGCUUGUUUGAUUUAUAGUCGAUAUCCAAGGUUAUAUUGCGGAUUCUAAUGGACUGAAUGUGGUGAAGGUUGUGUCUAUUUUUACAAAGCGUUGUGAUAUAAUAUAUCUAUUGGUGAAUUUGCCAGUUUGAAAUAAACGUUGUUACAUAGAGAUAUUUCAAGCUUUAUUGCAAUGUUAGAUGAAUCACCUUACAAAUAAUCUCAGUAAAGAGUAUUAAAAAAAUCGACCUCAAAAGCCAUUGAUCCCCAAGUUUGCCACCCUUAGCGGUGGAAUAUUUUCUUGAA